UCUUGAUUUUGUUUUAAAGUUCUUCUUAGUCCUAGAAUCAAUGGCACCAUCCGCUGCAAUGCUCAUACUCUCACAUCCUCUUAUUAGCCACAAAUCAACCAAUCAUCAGUCUCCAUCGUCGUCUCCGGCCAUUAAGGCGUCGACACGUGUUUUCGGUUUUCUUUUGCCUUGGAAGGUAUUGGAGGACGGUAAGGUUCGUUCCAAGGUUGGUCUUUGGCUCUUUGGUGAUCCUGAUACGGUUGAGAAGCGUUUCCAAGAAGCUCUUGAACUUAGUUGCUUGUAAUUUGUAUAAUUGUCUUUGUGAUUUGAGUUUAUUGACUGUUUAUUUUUUAUUUUGUUUCUUGGAUAAAAUUUGAAAUCAGAAGUUAUGUAAAAUUCAAACAAUAGGCCUCAGGCAUCUUUAUAAUAAUCACCAUUACGUGUA